AUGGCGUCCUUUUGUAGUAGAGAUCCCCACCUUCCAUCUAUGAUCGUCUUUGAUCUGGACGAUUGUCUCUGGUCUCCGGAAAUGCAUGAGCUGUACGCCAAGCCGACCGUUCCAGUCCAUGGUAUUCUGAAUCCACACAAACCUCCGAACGAACAACUGCAGGGUGUUGUCGGAUUGUCCAACCAGCAUGGCGAUACCGUGACACUGUACGAAGGAGCUCGAAGAGCCAUGUAUGAAUUGGUGACCAAUCCAGAAUAUCAAGGAGUCAUCAUCGCAGUGGCAUCGACGUCCUUGGAACCUUCCUAUUCUCAUGCUUGCUUGCAAGGAUUGGAAGUGCUGCCCGGAAAGACACUCCGCGAUGUCAUUCAGUACCAUCAGAUUGGGCGGACUGGCAAGUUGACUUCCCGGAAAACAACCCACUUUCGAGAGCUACACAAGGAGAGCGGCAUUCCCUAUGAAGAAAUGCUCUUUUUCGAUGACUGCAAUUGGGGCGAUCAUGUCGGAGACAUUGACAAGUCAUUUGGAGUGAUUGGCCAACGUACGCCUAAUGGUCUACAGUGGCAUGAGUUCCAACAGGCAUUGGGAAAGUACAAACAGCGAGCACUGGAGGCAACCGAAAAGAUUUUAAACAUGUCGGUUGUGGAAGCAGCUAUUGGGUCUGGAAAAUAUGAAAUCAACUGGAAGUCGUUCGUCGUGGUAGUUCAAGGUUUCAGAGGAGUGUAG